ACAGUAUUUACAUCCGAUUUGACAAUCAACACAACACAAGAUCACCAUGAAAUAUCCUCCAGCGGACAUAGUUGACUAUGUAUUGGAGAAAGCAGCAUAUUCUGGUCAAUACGGUGUUACUUUGAAGAAUAUAUGGAAGUAUUUGGAGGAAUUCUUGGAAAUACAAUUAGACGAUUUUCAAAAACUAACAAUCUGGCAAUGGGUGUUCAUGGGAGAUGAGGGAGGUCAAGAUAUUGGCAUUGGCUUGUACAAGCAAGACCUUGAUAUUGCUUUACCAUUGAGCCCUGAUUAUAGAUCAUUUGUGGAAGCACAUGGAACGGAAGAUAAUUUAGUGAUAAAACCAAGCCCUGAUACACAGUGGACUUUUCUCACAGGUCUUGCCAAUUCUAAGAGACUCAAACUCCAAUUAGGUGAAUUCCCAUUCCAAUUAUUAUGUGAGAUUGCAAGAAAUGGCCCCCAGGGGAUAUUGGCACCCGACUUAUCUAGAAAUACCAAUCAAGAUCCGAGGUCUCUUACCCCAAGAUUAAGAAAGUUGGAAGACUUAGGGCUUAUAUCUAAGAAGAACGUCUACAACGAGAAGUCACGUCAGCAUACAAGUUUGUGUAUACACAAGAACUUUGCGAAGGAAGAGGUAACCUCAAUUCUGUUGGAUCUUAACGAGGACCUCGAAAGUUCAAGAAAUGUCCAAAAAACAAAGCAAGCAGUCAUGCAUGCCGUGAAAAAUGCACCCAAUCAAUUGCGUGGGUUCGGUGACUUGAAAGUAGAUCUUAAGCUUGAUAAAAAUACCUCGUCUAGUAAAUUCUUUAGGGGAAUUGUUGAAUACUUGGAUAAACGUGGCUAUGUUGAAAGAUUGAUGGUGAAAGAGGCGGAUCUGAAGUCAAUGGUUUAUUGUAUUAAAUUCUUGAAGGACCUCCCAAAGGAAUAUGACGAGAACUCAGAGCUUACAGAUUUUUUCAAUGCUCUUGAAGAAGAAGAAGAAGCUGAAGGAAGUAAAUUAGAUGAAGAAGACAAGACCUCUGAAGAAGACAGCCUGAAAGUUCCAACAUUAAACGGAGUUUUUCCCUUGCAAAAUCAAUUAUUUGAGUACGUUCUGUCACGUAAGGAAGCGGGUGCAACUUCAAUGGAUAUCGUCAAAAAUAUUACUGGUGUCUCUGAUUAUCGUCCAUAUUCGAAGGCAUUGGAUUUAUUCACCACAUUUGUAAUUGAUAACGAUAAACUUAAGAGUCUUCGGAAGUACGAUGAUGAAUAUGACAAAUUUUCUAUAAUAAGAGGAUAUGAUUAUGAAGGAAAGUAUAAAUUUUACAGAUAUUUCACACGGGAAAGUUUUGCAAAAAUUUCAAAUAUCGACCCAACCGAUAAGAAGACCAAGAAAACAACCAAAAAACCCAUUGCUAUUACAUCAAUAUUGGCGUUGAACAAGAAACAUUAUACCCCAUUGGGUAGAGUCAUGCAAGCAUCAUUAUUAAAUAAUUCCAAAAGAAAAGCUGCAGAAUUGGACGAUCCAGAUGAGCCAAGGAUAGAGAGAAGAGGAAGACCAAGAAAGAUCAAGACUGAUUCACUGGAUUCAGCUGAACCCAAGCCCAAGAGGCCAAAGGGUAGACCAAGAAAGGACGCUUCGUCCAUGGCGAAUACCUCUGUAGACCUCGAUUCAAUAGUGUCGGAUAUUUCAGUCAGUCUUCUCGAAGAUCCCACCAGAGUGGAAAGUAGAGAAUCAACUCUCCGAAGCUCUCAAAUGAAGGACACAUUACCCUCACAAGUUAAUGUCGACACUAUUAACCACAAUCUUGAAGAAGCAUUGGAAAAUAAUAUUACUAGUAUUACCGAAGAAGCGAUUGUAUCUUCAAAUAACAACUUACAGAUAUUGGAAGAUCCUAUUGAAAAAGAAGAGAUCACCGAAGUUAAGCCCAUGGUUUCUUCUCCACCGAAAGUGAAACCACCAGCAGCACCCGCAGCAGGCUCCUUAAAGGCUAUCAGAAGAAGGUCUGCAUUGAUGUCAAUUAUUGUAGACCAAGGGGGAAUUACCUAUACCACUGCAAAUUUAUGUCGUUUAGUGGAUGAGAAACUUGGGAAUGCAACCAUCACCGACAAGAAGACUCUCGCUCGUGAUGUAUCUUAUUUGAUCGCAACUAAAGAACUUGUUUCAGAAGAUGUCUCAUUCACACGCUCGGGGCAAGCAAUUACUAGAAAGAUUUUAAUGAUGUCGGAUCCAAAGCAUAGACCAUCAAAGGAAAAGAUAGAGGAAGUCAAGGAGCAGUGCUUGACUGAUAAUGGGAAACAACAGGGAACAAAUAUCAAUAGGCGAGUAAUCGAAGAUCAAGUCACUCUUUUCAAUCCUACUAAAAAGACCGAGACAAGAUUGGCUUCGUUGAAGAAUAAGACGAAGAAAAGUAAAGGAGAGAAGAAGAUCAAACAAGAAAACUCUGAAGGAAAGAUUCGUGCUGCGAAACCACGGAAAUAUAAAAACAAAGAUUCUAACUCAACUGCACUCGAAAACAAUGAUUACCAAGAAAGUAACACUCUGCAGCUUGAAUCAUAUCUUCCCAAGAAACGGAAAACUAGACCACGUCAAGGGAAGAGGAGCAAGCCAAAAUCUUCUGAAAAUACUAGUUCGUCUUCUCAAAGAUAUCGUGUUAGAGGGGAAACAAAGUUUGACCAAUCUGAUGCAACCAAUUUGUAUAGAGCAGUUAUUAUAUCUAGAAGUUUCAGACGAGGUCCAAUUGAUUUUGAUUCGAUUGCAGAAUUAUUUGAAGAUAUGAGUGUGAAUGAAGUGAAAAGGAAAUGGAUUUCUGUUAGAAAAGUUGUUGGCGGUCUUUCUGCUGUAAUGAGAGGAAUUGGUGUAUUCGAAAGAAUUAUAACCAAAGGAAUCGAAGAUGGAUUUGUAACAACAUCUGAUUUGACUGAUUUCGACUAUGAAUUCUUUCUUGCGCUAUGGAGGGAAGCCGAUAAUUCCGUUUUAGAAGGAAUUGAUAGCAAUCCAUUUUAUUCAACCAUUGAGAUGAACCGCGAGGACUAUAUUAUACCAGAUUUCAAAGUUUCUCAACAAGAUUUCUUUGAUCAACUUGAAGAUAAUUCAAUGAGACAAAAGGAGGGCCUUCUUGCACGUAAGACAUUUUCCUAUAACGAAGAACUUCCAAUCACAGAGAAGAAACAUGAUGAUCUUCGAACUGCGCUCAAGGCAACCUUUGCUACUCUGGAAGAAAACUUUUCUAGUCAGGUUGUAAAUAAUAUAUUUUCUAGAUUCGGAGAAGAAGAUACCCAAGAAGCAUCGACUGAAUUGCUCAAGGAUAAGGAAAUUGCAUACUUUACACUCCAAGAAUCAAAUACAAGAUUUGUAUUAACUGAUAAGUUUCAUAAUACCUUGUCUCAAAAAGUAUUUUCUCAUAAAUUUUUCAAUCAAGCUUCACAAUUUGAAUCAAACUUUAAUUCCGUCACGGAAGUUUCUAAAGGUCUUAUAUUAUCUCAGGGAAUUGCUAGUGGGGAAGUUGCUGCACUUAUCAACUUAUUAGUUGAAGGAAGAGCCAAAAUGACGAGGGUUGAUAGGCCAUACAAGUUCACUGGAUAUGAAUCGCGUCUUAUCGAUAAAUCAAAAUUAUCGUGUGAUAUAAUUGUUUCUGCUAAUAAAGGAUAUGUAGCCGAGAAUUCAACGGCAUUAGUGAAAAUUCCCAUACCCACAGGGAUGGCUUGUUCUCAUAUUUGGUUGGAUCUUAACGGUACUAUCAACACCAAAAUGUGGACCAAAAUCCUCAUUUCGAUUCUCUACCAAGUGGUUUUUAAACCAGGGAUUUCGUACAAUACAUUGUACAGAAAGUUUCAAACAGUUUUAAGUGUUAAGGACUUUAAAGAUGUCAUGAGUUGGCUCGAGAAGAGUAAUUGUAUAUUAAGUGGCCAGCAACAUGGGUUGUUUGCGCGAAAUGAGUGGUUUUCACUUUUGGGCCACUGAAGGGUUAUGUAGUAAUUAUAGUAAAUGUAUAAGUAUCAAUA